UCCGGCACAUUUCGGUAUGUUCCAGUCUUCCAGACAGUUCCAGAGUUCCGGCCGGGUAUGGGUUUAGAUUUGGAUUAAUUCGAAUGUGGUGUGGGUGUUGCAUUCAUUCGUUGGUAUGAAAAUUGUAUGAAACUGAUUGUUACGAACUUUAAGUCGUGAAGAUAACGCAGUAAUUAUGUUGGUGCUGUUCGAGACGUCAGCGGGCUACGCGAUAUUCAAGGUGUUAGACGAGAACAAACUCGCCCAAUCAGAAAAUCUUCAUAAGGACUUUCAGACACCUGAAGCCGCCAGCAGAUUACUUAAGCUAACAUACUUUCAUAAGUUUGAAGAUACCACCGAAGCAUUAUGCGCUGCUACGGCGCUUGUAAACAGCAAGUUAUCCAAAUCCUUGAAGAAAACGCUUAGGAACUGCUGUAUCGAAGCCCAUGAACAGCUAGCGGUUGCUGAUGCCAAACUAGGCAGUACCAUCAAGGAUAAGCUGCAGUUGUCCUGUGUAAGUAACACAGCAGUGCAAGAGUUGAUGAGAUGUAUUAGAAGUCAACUGGAUAGUCUGAUAAGCGGAGUGACUGAGAAAGAGAGAACAGCCAUGACACUAGGUCUGGCACACAGUCUUUCCAGAUACAAACUGAAAUUCUCACCUGACAAGGUUGAUACCAUGGUAAUACAGGCAGUAUGCUUGUUAGAUGAUCUGGAUAAAGAGCUCAAUAACUACAUAAUGCGAGCGCGCGAAUGGUAUGGCUGGCACUUUCCUGAAUUAGGCAAAAUUGUGACUGACAAUUUUCAGUACAUAAAAACAAUGCACAUAAUCGGUCAACGAGAGAACGCUAUCAAAUGUGAUCUGUCAGAUAUUCUGACAGAGGAAGUUGAAGAUAAAGUGAAGGAGGCUGCGGAAACCUCAAUGGGCUCAGAGAUCUCAGAAUAUGAUGCUGAACACAUGCAAAGCUUGUGCGUUGAAAUACUGGAGCUUCAUCAAUAUCGGUCCCAGCUGUGUGAUUAUCUGAAGACUAGGAUGAUGGCAUUAGCACCAAACCUGACAGUUCUUGUUGGCGAUCUGAUUGGUGCACGUUUGAUAUCUAAGGCCGGCUCUUUGACAAAUCUUGCCAAACAUCCGGCAUCUACUUUACAAAUUCUCGGCGCAGAAAAGGCAUUGUUCCGUGCUCUCAAAACGAACAAGAACACACCUAAGUAUGGUUUGAUCUAUCAUUCGCAACUUGUUGGACAAUCCUCAAACAAAAAUAAGGGUAAAAUAUCCAGGAUGUUGGCAGCAAAAGCCUCUCUAGCAACAAGAGUUGAUGCAUUAGGAGAUACUACAAGCUUUGAACUUGGUGCAGAACACAAAGUGAAAUUGGAGGCAAGAUUAAGAGUGCUUGAGGAAGGAAAUAUCCGUCGAAUAAGUGGCACUGCCAGAGCAAAGGCCAAAUUUGAAAAAUAUCAUGUCAAGAACGAAUACAUGCAGUAUUCAAUAUCUGUAGACUCAACACUGACGACUCCAAAGAGGCCAUUAAUCGAAGAGAUUGAAACAAAGGAGAAUGAGGAAGUUCCUAAAAAGAAAAGAAAGAAACAUAGCACGAAUUUGGAAAUUAAGGAGGAAGAAGUGGAAAUUAAGGAAGAAGAAAUAAAAGCAGAGUUGACUACUGCACCGAAGAAAAAGAAGAAACAUAGUAUAGAACACAAUAUAGAAGAAGGAGAAUUUUCUGGCAUACAAAUAAAAACAGAACCCGUCGUUCCAAAGAAAAAGAAAAAACACAGCUUAGAACUCAAAACAGAAGAUACAGUAGAAAUCUCUGUUAAAGAAGAGGAACAAGUGAAAAUGGAGCCGAAGAAGAAGAAGAAACAUAGUCUAGAAUCGAAUAUAAAACAAGAAGAAUUUUCUGCUGCACAAAUGAAAACUGAACCUGUUAGUCCAAAGAAAAAGAAAAAACACAGCUUAGAACUUAAAACAGAAGACAUAGUAGAAGAUUCUAGUAUUAAAGAAGAAGCGCAAGUUGAAGGGGAUUCAGAUCUCGUAUCGAAGAAAAAAAAGAAGAAAAAGAAGGGAUCAAUUGAAUUUGAAGAGGCAGCAUCUAUAAAAAUUGAGGAAACAUUUGAAGCAGCAUCUGUAAAAACUGAGGAAACAUUUGAAGCAAAUGUUUCAGUUGAAGCUGGAACAAGUGAAGAGCAAAAGAAGAAAAAGAAGAAGAAAAAGGAAAAAGAAAACGAAGAGAUUCAACAAACAGUAAUAUCUACUGAAGAGGUAGAGGAACCAGUUUCGGGCGAAAAAAAGAAAAAGAAAAAAAAGAAAUCAAAGCAAGAACCUGAGUAGGAAUACGCAAAAGAACGUAAGACCGCAGUUUACAGACUUUUGCAUAAAAUACAUAACAAAAUCUUAGCUUAAAUUUAAAAAUCA